GCGAGCCCCGCCCCCUGCCGCUCUAGUCGCUGUGUGUGGCAGUUGCCAGGCCCCGCGGCGGCGUCUGUUGGUGCGCGGCCCUGUACAGCCGCCGCCCAGCCGGGGCCGCCCCUUGCCACAGCGGCGCGGCCCCCUCCCCCACCCCGGCUGAGACAUCUCCUAUAUGGAUCAACCUGCUAGUGAUGGUGAAGCUGGGAAAAGGCUACUGUAACCACAGCCAGGAUGAAUCGGCUGCCAGAUGAUGCAGAAAAUGCUCAGAGCAGCAGUCGGGGCUCCUGUCCUUCCUUGCAGGAUGUCCAUUCCAUCAACCCAGCGCAGCUGAUGGCAAGGAUUGAGUCCUAUGAAGGAAGAGAGAAGAAAGGCAUAUCAGAUGUCAGAAGGACUUUCUGUUUGUUUGUUACCUUUGACCUUUUAUUCGUAACCUUGCUGUGGAUAAUAGAGCUAAAUGUAAAUGGGGGCAUUGAGACUACUUUAGAGAAGGAAGUCCUGCAGUAUGACUACCAUUCUUCAUAUUUUGAUAUAUUUCUACUGGCAGUCUUUCGAUUCAACGUGUUAAUACUUGCAUAUGCAAUGUGCAGACUGCGCCAUUGGUGGGCAAUAGCUUUUACAACAGCAGUGACCAGUGCCUUUUUAUUAGCAAAAGUAAUUCUCUCAAAGUUGUUUUCCCAGGGUGCUUUUGGCUAUGUGCUGCCCAUUAUAUCCUUCAUACUUGCCUGGAUAGAGACCUGGUUCCUGGAUUUUAAAGUGUUACCACAAGAAGCAGAAGAAGAAAACAGGCUCUUACUGGUGCAAGAUGCGUCUGAGCGAGCAGCUCUUCUUCAGCCUGGACUCCUCUCUGAUGGGCAGUUUUAUUCUCCUCCUGAAUCUGCAGCAGGAUCUGAUGAAGAAUCUGAAGAAAAACAGGAUAGUGAAAAACCAAUUGUAUAGCAACUGUGGGAGAUAACAGGCAAGUCCUUCUUUAGGACUAUCCCAGUUUUUCUCCUCCUGGAGACAGCAACAGAUGAGGUCAAGGCACACUGGGUACUCUGGUAGGGUCUGAGAUGAACUAUCAUGGAGCACAUGAAAGGAAGUGGGCUAGCAGCAUGCAUGCAUCUGUUGGCUCCCUGACAUUUCUCCUGUUUCUCACUUUAGAGGAUGGGGAAGGACAAGAAGUUAGAGGAUCUUGUGUGGAAGAGAGAAAGGAGUAGAAGUUACUUAAGUCCUUUCUCUUAGGUCUGGCCUACACUUAAAAGUUAGGUCAGUGUAGUUGCUGUGAAAAAAUCCGAACGCUAGAGCGCUGUAGCUGUGGCACCUGCGCUCCCCUCCCCCAUUGUAGACACAGCUAGGUCAAUAAAAGAAUGCUGCUGUCCCCUGGGGAGGUCAAGUUCCUACAGCCAGGGGAAAAACCCCUUCCACUGCUGUAGUAUCUAUGCUGUGAUGCUACAGUGGUAUAGCUAUGGUGCUGUAUUUGUAAUGUAGACAUGACAAGUGUAGAACAUUGGGGGAUUCUGCGUGUUAAAGUGCUUUAAACAACAGAAAGAAGAGGGACAGGAGAACAUAUCAGGGUCAGGAAAGGAUUUGGCUACUUGGUGUAUUCCUUAUUGUUUCUAUUUGAUGGGGAAUUAAUCCUCUUAAGAGGCUUAAGUUCCUACCUGUUUCUUUUUUUCAUAGCUCAUUUCUGAUUUUUAUAUGAAUAGUAAUGGGAUAUUGCUCUUUCUUUUUGAGCCUCUCUCUAUCUUAAUGCCUCUCUACCUAUCUUAAUGUCCAUUGUCUUGGAUCAAACUCUAUUUAUUCAUCU